AUGCCGGCGGCAGCGGCGGCGGCGCCAUCGCCGCUCAAGCCUCUCGAGCGGGACGCCGACGCCAUUCAGUCCCUGCUUGGGCUGGCCGCUGCGCCGUCGGGAGAGCUGUCGCCCACGGGGCCCUGGCAGGGUUGGGAGUCCAGCGGGGCAGGGCGGGAGGACGCCCAGCUGCGCCGCCGCCUGAGCCACUCUGACAUGCAGCAGCCGCGCCUCCGCUUCCCCGCGCCACUCUUCCGCCUGCUCUUUGGUGACGUAAGCAGCAGCAGCAGCAGGGGCACACAGGUGGCCUUACAGACGGACGGAGGCGGCUGUGUGGAGGCGGCGGCGGUGCAGGAUGGCGGUGCGUACCUCGUGGCCGGGCAGGCGGUACAGCAGCUGUACCGCACCCUGGGUGCUGACCUGGCAGACGUCCUCACCUUCCAGGCAGCUGGCUGCACCUCCAGCGGCACCCCCAUCGCCGCCUGCUGCCUGGCUGCCAAGGCAGAUCCAGCGGUGCGGAAGGCGGCGGCCGCAGCCGCUGCCGCCGCCGACGCGGCAGCGGCGCAGCGCAGCGCGGCAGGCAGCCCUGCCAGCCCCGAGCUCCUGCUGCCCUCGCAACAGCAGCGGCAGCAGCAGCGGCAGGCGCCUGGCAGCGGGGCAGGCGCCGCGGGGCGGCAUGCUGACGAGCAGGAGCCUUUGGCUCCUCCCACCAUUGCCAACACGGAUGCUCUGGCGGCGGCGGCGCCAGGCAGCGGCAACACGGCCUCUCAGGGCGAUGCUGCAGAGGCAGAGGCGGCGGCGGCCCUGGCAGCGGCUGCCGACGAUGAGAGCGAGAGCGCGGCGGCAGCCGCGGCGGUGGCGGCGGCGGCGGCAGCCGCGUCGAUGGAUGAUUCGGGCCGGGACCCAGACUGGCAGGCCAAGCCCAAGGCUCGUGGCCGGCCGCGCAAGCGGCGCCCGACUGGCACCGCAUCCACGGCCGCCGGCGCGUCCUCUGGCCGCCAGGCCCAGGAGGCGGCUGCGACGUGCGCGCACUGCGGCACAACAGACACCCCCCGCUGGUGGCGAGACAACUACCCGGUCGGCACCCUGUGCAACGCUUGCGGCAUCUGGCUGAAGCGCCACGGCUACCCCCGCCCCGUCCAGUUCUUUCUCAACCCGCUCACCGCCGGCGCCGCCACCACCGGGAGCGCCAAGGUGGCGGCUGCGGCCGCAGCGGCAGCCGCCCAGCAGCAGCAGCAGCAGCAGCAGCAGCAGGGCAGCACGGCGGGCGGCGGCGGCAGCAGGGAGGCGCCCGCCGAGGCCGAGUAUUACCUCAUCAAUGGCCGCCCCAAGCGGCGCCGCGCCGCGCCCGGCGGCGGCGCUCCCAGCAGCAGCACAGCGGGCGCGGCGGCUGGCCCCGAGGCGGCUGGCGAAGGGGCUGCGGCGGCUGCGGCGGCAGCCUCAGACCCUCCCAUCAACUUUGAGGCCGCCGGCAGCCGGGCGUUUGUGGCCGAGGGCGGCAGCGAGCCCGCGGCGGCGCUGGUGCAUUUUGGCUGGGCCCCCAGCAGCCGCGCCGCGCACGACAUGUUUGGCGCGGUGUCGCGCUACGGCGAGGCCAGCCAGGAGGUGACUGUGGAUGACUUUGAGCUGCUGUCCGACUGCAAGGCCACCGCCACGCUGCAGCUGCGCCCGGGCGCCCGCGUGGCCUCCUGGGACGCGCUGGUCCUCUCCUUUGUGGGCAGCCUGUAG